AUGCACACUCUCACGCGCUCUCUCACGCGCUCUCUCACGCGAAAUCUCACGCGCUCUCUCACGCGCUCUCUCACGCGCUCUCUCACGCGCACUCUCACGCGCACUCUCACGCGCUCUCUCACGCGCUCUCUCACGCGCUCUCUCACGCGCACUCUCACGCGCACUCUCACGCGCUCUCUCACGCGCACUCUCACGCGCACUCUCACGCGCUCUCUCACGCGCUCUCUCACGCGCACUCUCACGCGCACUCUCACGCGCUCUCUCACGCGCACUCUCACGCGCACCCUCACGCGCACUCUCACUCGCUCUCACACGCGCACUCUCACUCGCUCUCUCACGCGCUCUCUCACUCGCACUCUCUUGCGCAUUCUCUCUCACGCGCACUCUCACGCGCUCUCUCACGCGCUCCCUCACGCGCUCUCUCAUGCGCACUCUCACGCGCACUCCUAUGCACACUCUCACGCGCUCUCUCACGCGCUCUCUCACGCGCACUCUUACGCGCUCCCUCAUGUGCUCUCUCACGCGCACUCCCAUGCACACUCUUACUCGCUCUCUCACGCGCACUCUCACGCGCUCUCUCACGCGCUCUCUCACGCGCACUCUCACGCGCACUCUCACGCGCUCUCUCACGCGCUCUCUCACGCGCUCUCUCACGCGCACUCUCACGCGCACUCUCACGCGCUCUCUCACGCGCACUCUCACGCGCACUCUCACGCGCUCUCUCACGCGCUCUCUCACGCGCACUCUCACGCGCACUCUCACGCGCACUCUCACGCGCACUCUCACGCGCACCCUCACGCGCACUCUCAUUCGCUCUCACACGCGCACUCUCACUCGCUCUCUCACGCGCUCUCUCACUCGCACUCUCUUGCGCAUUCUCUCUCACGCGCACUCUCACGCGCUCUCUCACGCGCUCCCUCACGCGCUCUCUCAUGCGCACUCUCACGCGCACUCCUAUGCACUCUCACGCGCUCUCUCACGCGCUCUCUCACGCGCACUCUUACGCGCUCCCUCAUGUGCUCUCUCACGCGCACUCCCAUGCACACUCUUACUCGCUCUCUCACGCGCACUCUCACGCGCACUCUCACGCGCACUCUCACGCGCACUCUCACGCGCACUCUCACGCGCUCUCUCACGCGCUCUCUCACGCGCUCUCUCACGCGCACUCUCACGCGCACUCUCACGCGCUCUCUCACGCGCACUCUCACGCGCACUCUCACGCGCUCUCUCACGCGCUCUCUCACGCGCACUCUCACGCGCUCUCUCACGCGCUCUCUCACGCGCACUCUCACGCGCACCCUCACGCGCACUCUCAUUCGCUCUCACACGCGCACUCUCACUCGCUCUCUCACGCGCUCUCUCACUCGCACUCUCUUGCGCAUUCUCUCUCACGCGCACUCUCACGCGCUCUCUCACGCGCUCCCUCACGCGCUCUCUCAUGCGCACUCUCACGCGCACUCCUAUGCACACUCUCACGCGCUCUCUCACGCGCUCUCUCACGCGCACUCUUACGCGCUCCCUCAUGUGCUCUCUCACGCGCACUCCCAUGCACACUCUUACUCGCUCUCUCACGCGCUCUCUCACGCGCACUCUCACGCGCACUCCUAUGCACACUCUCACGCGCUCUCUCACGCGCUCUCUCACGCGAAAUCUCACGCGCUCUCUCACGCGCUCUCUCACGCGCUCUCUCACGCGCACUCUCACGCGCACUCUCACGCGCUCUCUCACGCGCUCUCUCACGCGCUCUCUCACGCGCACUCUCACGCGCACUCUCACGCGCUCUCUCACGCGCACUCUCACGCGCACUCUCACGCGCUCUCUCACGCGCUCUCUCACGCGCACUCUCACGCGCACUCUCACGCGCUCUCUCACGCGCACUCUCACGCGCACCCUCACGCGCACUCUCACUCGCUCUCACACGCGCACUCUCACUCGCUCUCUCACGCGCUCUCUCACUCGCACUCUCUUGCGCAUUCUCUCUCACGCGCACUCUCACGCGCUCUCUCACGCGCUCCCUCACGCGCUCUCUCAUGCGCACUCUCACGCGCACUCCUAUGCACACUCUCACGCGCUCUCUCACGCGCUCUCUCACGCGCACUCUUACGCGCUCCCUCAUGUGCUCUCUCACGCGCACUCCCAUGCACACUCUUACUCGCUCUCUCACGCGCACUCUCACGCGCUCUCUCACGCGCUCUCUCACGCGCACUCUCACGCGCACUCUCACGCGCUCUCUCACGCGCUCUCUCACGCGCUCUCUCACGCGCACUCUCACGCGCACUCUCACGCGCUCUCUCACGCGCACUCUCACGCGCACUCUCACGCGCUCUCUCACGCGCUCUCUCACGCGCACUCUCACGCGCACUCUCACGCGCUCUCUCACGCGCACUCUCACGCGCACCCUCACGCGCACUCUCAUUCGCUCUCACACGCGCACUCUCACUCGCUCUCUCACGCGCUCUCUCACUCGCACUCUCUUGCGCAUUCUCUCUCACGCGCACUCUCACGCGCUCUCUCACGCGCUCCCUCACGCGCUCUCUCAUGCGCACUCUCACGCGCACUCCUAUGCACUCUCACGCGCUCUCUCACGCGCUCUCUCACGCGCUCUCUCACGCGCACUCUUACGCGCUCCCUCAUGUGCUCUCUCACGCGCACUCCCAUGCACACUCUUACUCGCUCUCUCACGCGCACUCUCACGCGCUCUCUCACGCGCUCUCUCACGCGCACUCUCACGCGCACUCUCACGCGCUCUCUCACGCGCUCUCUCACGCGCUCUCUCACGCGCACUCUCACGCGCACUCUCACGCGCUCUCUCACGCGCACUCUCACGCGCACUCUCACGCGCUCUCUCACGCGCUCUCUCACGCGCACUCUCACGCGCACUCUCACGCGCUCUCUCACGCGCACUCUCACGCGCACCCUCACGCGCACUCUCAUUCGCUCUCACACGCGCACUCUCACUCGCUCUCUCACGCGCUCUCUCACUCGCACUCUCUUGCGCAUUCUCUCUCACGCGCACUCUCACGCGCUCUCUCACGCGCUCCCUCACGCGCUCUCUCAUGCGCACUCUCACGCGCACUCCUAUGCACACUCUCACGCGCUCUCUCACGCGCUCUCUCACGCGCACUCUUACGCGCUCCCUCAUGUGCUCUCUCACGCGCACUCCCAUGCACACUCUUACUCGCUCUCUCACGCGCACUCUCACGCGCUCUCUCACGCGCUCUCUCACGCGCACUCUCACGCGCACUCUCACGCGCUCUCUCACGCGCUCUCUCACGCGCUCUCUCACGCGCACUCUCACGCGCACUCUCACGCGCUCUCUCACGCGCACUCUCACGCGCACUCUCACGCGCACUCUCACGCGCACUCUCACGCGCUCUCUCACGCGCUCUCUGA